AUGCCCUACCUCGAGGGCGACCGACCUCGUGAGCUCCCGAUCAAGGUCCGAACUAUCCAAGCUGUCUUCCAAGACGACCCCUCCCACUACGCGAUGGAAGGUAUACCUGCCUGGGCAGAAUGGAACGCGAUCCGCCCCCCCGGCAAGGGCUUCGCUUUUCUAGGGGAGGAGUACUUUGCAUUUGACGUGUCCAUGUGGCACCAGAUUCACUGCCUCAACCACAUACGGACGAUGCUUAUCAACGGGGACGACGGAUCCUCCCAUACAGCGCACUGUUUCCAUUACCUGCGGCAGGGCAUUCUCUGCGCCGCCGACACAACCCUGGAGCCUGGGGGCGUGGGCUCGAAAAAGGAGAAUGGGGAGAUAUCGCACCCGGAGACGAAAACUGUGCAUACCUGCCGGGACUGGAGACAGGUUCAUGAUUGGUUGGGGAGUGAGCAUGAGAAGUGGACGCCAGAAAUGCAGGAGAGGCUCAACGAGGCCAGUUAA